CCCGCCUGCUGUCGAUGGUGGCGGCACAGGGCCUGCACGUCCCUGCCAGCGCGGUGACCAAGGAAAUCAUGGGGCUCACUGGGAGUGCGGCCAAGGGGGGCGCUGGGAGUGUGAUGAAGGAAAGAAAACGUCCAGCUUUGCUGGAUGACAGCAGUGAGGAGGAGGAAGACGAGGAAGAGGAGGAAGUAGAGGAGGAGGAGGAAGACGAGGAAGAGGAGGAAGUAGAGGAGGAGGAGGAAGAGGAGGAUGAUAAUGAUGAAGAGGAGGAGGAGGGGGAUGAUGAGGGUGAGGGUGAGAGUGGAGAAGAGGAAGAGGAGGAAGCAGAAGAAGAGAGGGAGGAGGAAGAACAUGAGGAGGUGGAGGAGGAAGAGGAAGAAGAGGAGGAGGAGGAGGAGGCGGCAGAAGAGGAAGAAGAGGAAGAGCAAGACGGAGUGGAGAACAAUGAGAAUGAGGAGAGUGAGGGGAAUGAGGAGGAGGAGCAGGACCUAGAGCGCGAGGCAGGGUGCACAGAUUCGGAGGCUGGGGAACACGAGGAAGAGUACUUGGGCGUUGACGCUUGGAGCACAGAGGACGUGGGGGAGAGUCAAACCGAGCAGGAGGAGGAGCAGCAUCCAGAGCACGAGGCAGGGUGCACAGACACAGAGGCUGGGGUGCAUGAGGGAGAGUACUCGGGCACUGACGCUUGGGAGAUGGAGGACGGGGAGAUUCAACCUGAGGAGGAGCAAGAGGGCUUGGAACCGGGCAGCAGCAAUUCGCGGGACAAUGUAGGGGCAGAGGAGGGGGGUGUGGAAAUGGCUGAGCUGGGGAGUACCGGGGAGGAGCAAGAGGGUUUGCGAGUGAGUGGUGACGAUUCGAAGCAUGGCCUAGGAGCGGAGGAGGAGGAGUAUGUGGAAGUGGUUCAGCUAGGGAGUCCUGGCGGGGAGCACGGGGAGGAGGAUGUGGAGAUGGUUAGGCUUGGGAGUGCUGGAGAGGAGGCAGGGGGUGCUGACGAGGCGGAUGAGGAUGCAGGGGCAGAAGCACAUGAGGACGAGAGAACAGCACACACAGACGUGCAGGAUGGCAGCAGCAGCAGCAGCAGCAGUGAACCGAGUAAUAGAGUUCCGUCCAUGGCUGCUGCUGUGAGUGAUGCUUCCGCCCUUGGUACUUCCUCUGCUCACACAAGCAGAGAAGAGGUCAACACUAGCUCAGGAACAUGGGAGGAGAGUAGCAGUGGGUCUGGCGGCAGGGUCCGGUCCCUGGCUGCUGCUGUGAGUGCUGGUGGUCAGGGCAACACUGACUGUAGCGACAGCAUUGGCAACAGCAGCGGCAGCAGCGAUGCCAGCACGGGGAGUGGAGCAAGGGAGGGAGGCACCAGUGAGGGUGGCAGCAGGGUGCGGUCCCUGGCUGCUGCUGUGGCUGCCGGCGCACUCAGCAACGCCGACAGUGGCAACAGCAACGGCAGCACCAGCAGCGACAGCAAUGCGAGCAUGGGGAGUGGGGCAAGGGAGGAGACCACCAGUGAGGGUGGCAGCAGGGUGCGGUCCCUGGCUGCAGCUGUAGCUGCUGGUGCAAUCAGCAGUAGCAGCAACAGCAGCAGUGGUGGUGGUGAGAGUGGAGGGAAGGAGGGAGGUGAGGAAGAGCUGAGCGUUUCCCAAGGGCGGGUGCGUUCGCUGGCUGCUGCUGUUGCUGCAGCUGCUGUCGCUUCUGCUGCUGCUCCUCCUGCUGCCCCUCCUCUGGCGACCAGCAGCAGUGCAGCUGGUUCUUCGGCCACUGCUGCUGCUGCUGCAGCCACUCCAGCAACUUCAUCUUCCCUUUCCAGCUCCGAGCCUGCCACACCCUCCAGCACAGUUGACAGCACGCCUGCCAAGGACCCCUCAUUGGCUGACAGCACCGGUGUUACCGGCAGGGUAUCUGCCAGAGACCCCUCACUGGCUGUGUCUGAGGGGCGUGUGAAGGCCCUUGCUGCUGCUGUUGUAACGUCUUCUUCUGCUGCUGAACCCACCAGCCCAGUCUUCAAGGAGGCGACUCUUGAAGUUGGUGAGGGUCGGGUGAAGGCACUUGCUGCUGUGGUGGCAUCUGGUGGUGUUGCUACCACUGCUGAUACUGACGCUGACACCAACGGGGCUGCUUCAAGGGACCCCUCUCUCCAAGCGGCUGAGGGGCGGGUGAAGGCUCUGGCUGCUGCUGUUCUCACGUCGUCUUGUGCUGAUGACAUCACCGGUGCACCCUCCAAGGAGACGACUGUGGAAGUUGCUGAGGGGCGGGUGAAGGCUCUUGCUGCGUCAGUGGCUGCUGCUAGUGUUGACACCACUGCUGACACCGACAGUGCGGCUUCAAAGGACCCCUCUCUCCAAGCGGCAGAGGGGCGUGUGAGGGCUCUUGCUGCUGUGGUGGCAUCUGCGGGAGCUGACUCCACUGGUGCACCCCCUAAAGAGACAGACACUCUGGAUAUUGUCCAAGGGCGUGUGAAGGCCCUUGCUGCCUCUGUAGCUGCUGUGGGAGACACGAUUGCUGAAACUAACGGUGCUGCUUCAAAGGACCCCCCUCUCCAGGCGGCUGAGGGGCGUGUGAGGGCUCUGGCUGCAACUGUUGCUGCUGCUGGUAUUGACACCACUCCUGACACCGAAAGCGCUGCUUCAAGGGAACCCUCUCUGCAAACAGCUGAGGGGCGUGUGAAGGCUCUGGCUGCUGCAGUUCUCACAUCUUCUGCCACUGUUGGCACCACCAGUGCGCCUUCCGAAGAUGCUCUGCUAGAAGUAGCAGAGGGGCGUGUGAAGGCUCUUGCAGCGGCUGUUCUCACGCCUUCUGCUGCUGACAAUACCACCACCACACUUUCCAAGGAAGCUGCAUCUCUAGAAGUUGCCGAGGGCCGUGUCAAGGCACUUGCUGCCUCUGUUGCUGCUGCUUCUGCUGUGGACACCACCCCUGACACCAAUAGUGCGGCUUCAAAGGACCCCUCGCUAGACGUUGCCGAGGGGCGUGUCAAGGCGCUGGCUGCUGCUGCUGCUGCUGUGGCCUCUGCUGCAGCUGAUUCCAGCACAAGCACUAACAGCACUGCUUGGGACGACGACUCCUCUCUGGAAGCCAUUGAGGGGCGUGUGAAGACCCUGGCUUCUGCGGCCUUGGCCUCUGCUGCAGCUGAUUCCAGCACAAGCAUUAACAGCACUGUGACGACCCUGGCUGCUGCUGUACCUUGUGCCAUAGCCUCUGCUCCCCCUCCUCCUCCUCCUUCCGCCUCCCACUCCUCUCUCCCCACACACCACUCUGAUUCUUCACUUCAGGACAAGGACACCUAUGCCAGCUCCACUGCUGCUAGAUUCCACCACGUCCCUAACAGCCCGACCCAGGCUAACAGUGACAAGAAGAGCAGCCAGCAGCAGCAGCAGCAGCAUCUGCAGUAUCCCACUUCCUCCUCCCACCUCAUCCCCCGACCCUACUCCCCCUCGCCCCACCCUAUCCCUCGCUCCCCUUCCGCCCACCUCCCCUGCUACACCCGCGCCCCCUCCUCCCACCUCGUCAGCCCCAUUCGUCCACGUGGCAGCUUCAGCCCGAGCCGCUUCCGAGCCUUAGACUCGGCAGCUGCAGCAGCAGCAGCACUGGCAGGGGUCUCCCCCCACCGCCGCCUCCCCUCUCCUAACCUCCCUCGUAAUUCCACCUCUCCCCAUCCUUAUGCUGGUCCUGUUCCCUUCCGAACCUCAUCCGUGAGUCCUAGCCAGUCGCCAAUGGGUAGGGGCCUGCCUCGCGAGAGGUUCGGGCUGCCGCCCAGGUUCGGCAGCAUCGCGAGGUUUGGCGGCGGUGUGAGGGACCCGAGGUUCAGCGAGUUUCGUGAUUCCAAAUCACAGUCGUUGGAUCGACAGAUGGUAGUGCGAUCUCCUGGGGCGAUGGUAGGAGGUGGGGUGGGGGUUUGGAGCAAGACAGUACCUGUAGGGUCUACUGUUGGCCCUGCCAUGGAGGAGGAUGGGGGUGGUGGUGGAGAGUCAGGGGAUGGAACAGAAGGCGAGAGGGAGGAGGAAGGGAGAGGAGGAGAAGAUGAGGAGAAUGAAGAGGAGAAUGAGGAGGAGGAGGCGGAAGAUGGAGAGGCAGAAGUGGGAACAGCUGAUGGCAUGCAAGAGAACAUGAGAGAGAUGGAGAGACGCAUGCAAGCAGAGGAGACGACAGCCGCCGCCCACUCGUUCCUGGCCCCUGUGGCAUCAAGCGAGGGAGAUGGCAGCAGCAAGACUUGGAAGGACAUCCUCCUCUCUGUGAAAGCGGCCUCUCAGCCAGGGGCACCUGUUCCCGGCUCGGAGCUCUCAGCAGCUUCAGGCUCAGUCGGGGCAGUCGGGGCGCAGAGAGGACAUGGGCCCACAGAUGCAGGGAAGCAAGAAGGUGCAGGUGCUGCUGCUCUGGCGGCUGUAGCGGCCCAGGUUGUAGCAGGAAUGCAUGGGAGCAGGGAGGAGGGAGUGGUUGGUGCUGCUGGGAAGGCAGUGGGGGCGAUUGGAGCGGGUCCUGCGGAGGGCUGCAGGCCAGAGGGGUGGAAGAGAGCAAGAAGUGUUGCGACUGGGGCGGUGGCCACUGGUUGGAGUGGGAGUGUGCAGGAGCAAUGGGGCGUGGGAGAGAGAAGGGUGGACAGGCAUGUUGCAGAUGUGCCGGAGGGGGGAGGGCAGGAGAACGAGGAGGGGCAGUUUGUGAAUGGAUCAGUAGCAACAGGUGGAGCAGAACGGGAAGGGGAACAGGGAAGGGGAGGGGGAGGGGGAGGGAGAGAGGAAGGGGAAGAUGGAGCAGUGAUGAAGGCUGGUGCUGUGGAUGGUGCAGUAGGGAGCGAGGAAGCCAGGGGUGGAGUGGCGUUCGUCAGCAGUGCAGCAGUGGUGGAAGGUGGUGGGGAGGAGUGGGGGGGCCAAAGUCCGAUGAGGGAGUUGCUGGGAGCAUUGGAGUCGCCCACCAGAUGGGCUCACCUGUGCGCGAAGAUGGAGUGCCAGCGACAGCUGUAUGAAGACGAUUCAAGAGCCACCCAGCUCUCAGAGCUGCCGGACGAAUUCAUCACCCAGAUCCUCUCUCACCUCACCGACCCUCUCGACUGGGCGGCAUGCCUCGUCCUAUCCAGGCGCUUCGCCGCCCUCUCCUGCCUCGCCCUGCAAACCCUCUACCUCCUCCCGAACCGCCUGCUCCCCAAGCCUCUGCUGGCUCGGUACCUAGCCUGUUAUCCGAACCUGGCGGCCCUGUACCUGCCUUGGAACAGCCUGGAGGUGGAAGGGGAUGAUGUUUUCGAGAUGAUUGUGCGAUCGGGGCUGGAGCUACAGGCGCUGCACAUUGACGUGUUCCCUGGGUAUAAUGAGCGCACCUACGCAAGAACCCCAGCAGGACUGAGCGCCCUCUUCACCUCGCUCCCCUCCCUCCGCUCUCUCUCUCUUUGCACCGGCCGUUUCGUCCGCACCCUUCCCACCUCCAUCUCCCGCCUUUGGCGCUUAGAGGAACUGCUUAUAAUGAACCAGUCUUCGAAGCUUGGUUUGCGGUCUCUUCCACCUGCCCUCGGUCAGCUUUCGAAUCUUCGCCGCCUGGUGCUCGACUCCUGCCUGCAGCUCGCUACGCUGCCCGAAGAUAUCGGGCAGCUGACAGGGUUGGAGGAGCUGGAGCUUCUGAGCCUGGAUUGCCUGCGCCAUCUGCCCGAAUCCAUCGGGCAGCUUCAGCGCCUGAAAUGGUUCAAGAUGUGCUGGUGCAUGUCCGUCCGGAGUCUGCCAGAGAGCAUCGGGCAGCUGAAAGAAUUGGAGGAGAUUGUGAUCAACAUGGCAGCAAGUGCAACUUGGCUGGGCACCCUGAAAGAGCUUCCGCAAUCUUUUGGUCAGCUCUACUCCCUGCGCUUCCUGAAGAUUGUUGGCUGCCCGUUGAUGCUGGAUCUGCCCGAAUCCUUUGGGCAGCUCUAUCAAUUGGAAGAAUUUGUUUUCGACAACAAGGGAUUUGCAGAAGAGUCCGAAGCAUGCGGACUUUUGUCCCUGCCCGACUCCUUCGAGCAGCUGACAAGUUUGGUGCGACUGGAGCUGCGCAACUGCUUCGCCCUCACCUCUCUGCCCGAAUCUCUCGGGCAGCUCCCGUACCUCUACUCGCUCAAACUCAUCGGCUGCUAUUCCCUCUCCGCGCUGCCCGAAUCUCUGGGCAGCUCGGGCAGCCUUCAACUUCUUCUUGUGGAUAACAAAGUGGACGAUGAUGAGGAGGAGGAGGAGGAGGAUGGGGAUGGGGAUGAUGAUGGGAGCAGUAUUGUCAGCCAUUCAACCGCCAUGGACAUGGGCAUGGGAAUGAGUAUGAACGGCACCGAUGGCACCACAGCCAGCGACGACGGCGCAAGCAACGGCCGAAACGGCGAUGCGGACAAUGAAGAGGAUGACGACGAUGAUGAUGACGAUGGGCCGAGUGGGCUACUCUCCCUGCCAUCCUCCAUGGGUGCCAUGUGCAACCUCCGCCAGCUCGUCCUGCGAGCCAACGUCUCGCUCGUCUCCCUCCCGCCCUCCCUCUUCUCCCUCCACCUCCUAGAAAGCCUCGUCCUGGACUUCACUGAAACUAGGACCCAGUUCUCCGACCACUCUCUCGGGCCGCCCAGCCCCCUCGGCUCCAAAUCAGCAUCUCUUGCCUCCCUCUCUAGCCUGCCUGUGAGCAGCAGCAUGACUGGCAUGGACACAGGCAGUGGUGCUGAUGGAGGUCUCGGUUUCAAUACCUCCAUGACACUGAUUCUGCCUGCUGAUAUGCCGGCCAAGCCGGCUAAGCCAGCCAAGCCUGCGGGGAUUGCUGAGCUUCCGGAGGCUAUUGCCCAGCUGGUAAAUCUUAGGCGGUUGGACCUGAUUGGCUGCUCAAACCUUUCCGAGCUGCCCGAGUCCUUGGGCAGCCUUCAGUUUCUGCAGAGGCUGGUGGUCGCAUUCUGCCCAGCCAUUCAGUCCCUCCCAUCUGGCAUCGGGCAGCUGAAAUACCUCCAGACGUUCGUCGUUCAGAACUGCCCGAACCUUUGCCACCUGCCCGACUCGCUGACAGCAUUGGCCGGGCUGCCCGAGCUGUGCAUCGAUGAGAAGUCGGUGGGUGUGAAGAUUCCCGACCAUCUCCUGAGACUGCCUGGAUUCCGCCGGGACAGCUGCUUCUUUGAAGACCGGCUAGUCGUUGACUUGAUUGAGUAGAAUGCUAGGCUUGUUUCCUCCUGGCCUCAGUGCUUCCAAAUGUAACACCUAGAAAUACCCACUUACACCAUUUAGUGAACUAGUGUAUUCUGUAUCGGCACGCUUUAGCGGAAAGGUUGGCACUGGAUUUCCGGUACUAGACGGCCUCGAACCCAACACGGAUGGUAACCGAAGCGACAAUCGAGUCGCUGUACGACUCGAUAAACCGCUACUGCAACUGUACUCUACAACUGUUCCUUAUCUUCUAUAUAUUGCUUGUAACACUACACUCGAGGAAGAUUGCAAACGGUACGCGAGUCAACGGAGGUUACACGAGGGGGCGGACAAAGAACACGAAGGGUUUGGGACUCAAAGGGUCGCAACUGGAGGUUGCGACUGACCGUUACAACAGCACGGAUGGUAACCGAAGCGACAAUCGAGUCGCUGUACGACUCGAUAAACCGCUACUGCAACUGUACUCUACAACUGUUCCUUAUCUUCUAUAUAUUGCUGUAUGUUUGCCUUUUUUAUUAAUCACUUGUUCU